CCCUUUCUGCAAGAUGUGCUCACCGUGACGUCACGUUCCAUCAUGGCGGCCUUGGUGGAAAAAAUCGCCAAGCAGGCACUGCAAACGUUUGAUUUCGCAUCUCCGCACUGGGAGGGGUCUCUGAAAGACAACUUCGGCAAGCUGGCGUCCCUCAUGAACCAGCUGACCUACCGGGACGUCAACAUCCAGCCCAGGACGGAGGAGCCGCCGCUGAGAAGGUCACCCCGCGGGCGGCCAGCGUCGUACGACGAUCCCGCCCCGGUCACGUACAUGCCCAUCUGUAACCACCAAUUCUUCACCAUGGGGAUCUUCCUGCUGAAGGGCGGGGAGAGGAUCCCUCUACACGAUCAUCCCGAGAUGCACGGCAUUUGUAGAGUCCUGUACGGCACGGUGGCGAUCCGGUCAUACAACAGACUCGACCCCUCCACUACAGUACAACCCCCUCUCCCCGAGUUCGACGCCCCCCUCCCACCAUGGCAACGUAACUCCCUCCUGCCCUGCACGGCAAACGGAGAGGUUCAGCUGAACGAGAACAGCGAAGCGUGCGUCUUGGAGCCUCUGGUAGGGAACCUGCACGAGAUCGUGGCGGUGGACGGGCCGGCGGCCUUCUUAGAUGUCCUUGCCCCUCCUUACGACCACGACGGCUCCACAGACAGAGACUGUCACUACUACCGUCCACUCACUCCUCAAAACCCCGCGCAGACAGACGUGCACUGGUUAAUGAGAAUAUCUCAGCCCAGAGACUUCUGGUGCGACGCAGAGCCGUACCCGGGGCCGGCAGUCUCAGUUUGACUGUCAUAAAUGUGCCACUUAAAAGAAGAAGAAAAAUGUGAAAACAAAGGGCAUUAUCAUCAGCGAGCACUGCCCUCGGCGAGUUUUCUUUAUCAGAAGAACGUGUUACCGUGUUGCAAACAUAAGAUCUCUGAAUGGAAUACAAGAUCGUGUUAUUCCAUUGCUGAAUUUCAGUAAUCUCUGAAACUAUAAUGACCACUCAAAAUACUAAUCGCCAAUUCUUUUGCUAGCAUGUAUGUAUAUACACAAGGAAAGGCAGAACAGGCAGUUAGAUUGUAACUGCACAAUUUUCCUGUAUAAUGACAGGAUGGGACACAAAUAAGAUACUUGACAAAGUGGUACAAUUAUUCACGAAAUGCUAAACCCCUGAGUCUAUGAUAGAUUCUUUGUCCAUACAUAGCAAAAUAUACCAGGAACUAAGACGUUGGUCUCUUAGUUUUUGUACCUCAGUACAGUAAGAAGAACUUACCAGGGUUACAUGUAUGACUAUGAAUAGGACAUGCAGCAUUUGUUUUCUCAGUCUGCACAUAGUUUUGUCCUAUAUGUGCUCUUCAUUCUAUGUUGUGGCAUGUGGGUCAUAUGCUGCAUUACCUGUUUGGGAUACCAGAGUAAGCCAGUAAUGUAAACAGUACCAGACGAAUCAUUACGUCAUCAGGGACACGUCAUGGGAACACGUUACAUUCAGAAUAUAAACUUGUGUUUCAGACGUGCGAUGUGUGAUCACUGCCAUAAUACAUGUCAGACAUGUGAGCACAAAAUUGUGCUACCGAGACAAAUUAUGGAUCUAUUUCAUAUAGUCCAGACAAAUAAACAAUCAACUAAGUUGA